AUGUCUUUUUUUUACUACAGAUUUUCAUCAACAACGAAUGGCAUGAUGCAGUCAGCAAGAAGACUUUCCCUUCCAUCAAUCCAGCCACAGGGGAGGUGAUUUGCCAGGUUGCUGAGGGUGACAAGGCGGAUGUGGACAAAGCCGUGAGCGCGGCCAAAGCAGCUUUCCAGCUGGGCUCGCCAUGGAGGCGGAUGGAUGCCUCUCACCGGGGAAAGCUGCUGAACUGUCUUGCAGACCUGAUUGAGAGAGACCGGGCUUACUUGGCUGCUCUGGAAACUCUGGAUAAUGGCAAACCAUACUCUAUAGCCUACUCGGUGGAUUUGGACAUGACAAUCAAGUGUCUCAGGUACUUUGCAGGCUGGGCUGAUAAGUGCCACGGCAAAACCAUUCCCAUAGAUGGAGACUUCUUCUGUUAUACAAGACAUGAGCCAGUUGGGAUCUGCGGACAGAUCAUUCCGUGGAACUUCCCACUGCUGAUGCAGGCAUGGAAAAUUGGGCCAGCCUUAGCCACUGGGAAUGUGAUUGUGAUGAAAGUAGCUGAGCAAACGCCUCUGUCUGCUCUCUAUGUGGCCAGUCUGAUCAAAGAGGCUGGGUUCCCCGCAGGCGUGGUUAAUAUUGUUCCGGGCUACGGGCCGAGUGCAGGAGCUGCCAUUUCAUCCCACAUGCAGGUGGAUAAAGUGGCCUUCACAGGCUCCACUGAGGUUGGGCAUCUGAUCCAGAAGGCUGCGGCAGAGAGUAACUUAAAGAAAGUGACGCUGGAGCUUGGAGGGAAGAGCCCAAACAUCAUCUUGUCUGACGCUGACAUGGACUGGGCGGUUGAGCAAUCCCACUUUGCCUUGUUCUUCAAUCAAGGGCAGUGCUGCUGUGCUGGGUCUCGGACAUAUGUCCAAGAAGAUAUAUAUCAUGAGUUUGUGGAGAGGAGUGUUGAGAGAGCCAAAGCCAGAGUGGUUGGAAACCCAUUUGACUUCAAAACUGAACAGGGACCGCAGGUAGAUGAGGAGCAGUUUAAGAAGAUCCUUGGUUACAUCAGUAUUGGGAAGCGUGAAGGAGCCAAGCUGUUGUGUGGUGGCAACCCUGCUGCAGACAGAGGCUAUUUUAUCCAGCCAACCAUCUUUGGAGAUGUGCAGGACAACAUGACCAUUGCUACAGAGGAGAUAUUUGGGCCAGUCAUGCAGAUCUUGAAGUUCAAAACUGUUGAGGAAGUCAUUGAGAGAGCAAACGACUCUAAAUAUGGCCUGGCAGCAGCUAUCUUCACAAAAGAUAUCGACAAAGCAAACUACGUGUCUCAAGCACUGCGAGCUGGAACUGUCUGGAUCAACUGUUAUGAUGUAUUUGGAGCUCAAGCCCCGUUUGGUGGGUACAAAGAAUCUGGGAACGGGCGAGAGCUAGGGGAGUAUGGCCUGGAGGCAUAUACAGAAGUGAAAACAGUAACAAUCAAAAUCCCACAGAAGAACUCAUAAAGGACGUAUUCUCUGCAAGGUGCAUUUGAAGACUACAGUGCAAUUGAAGUUUACCAGGAUAGGGAAAUAGGGAAAUGUUUUUUAAAGCAAACAAAAACAUAAGUACAAAAGUGAAGAGUACUAAAUACAACUAAAUAUUAAGAUAAUAUUCUUGAGAAAAGGUGCCUGAGGCACUUCUGUGUUCUUUACCUGUUUGAAACAUCAGUUGGCUUUAAUUUUCUUGAUAACAAACACAAAUCUCUUUACAUUAAUGGGUGACGCGUUUAGGUAAUUUCUUGUUGCAUUUGUACCUGAAGCCUCUAAUGUGGGUUGUUUUUCUUUUCAAUAUUAAAAACAUCAUUUUGGAUGCAUUGUGAAACUACAGUUCCUCUAAACAGCUAAUUAAAAGCUUAUAGUUGGCUGGGUGGA